AUGGGCAGCGAGGUAGAAGCUCUCGAAGAGAAUAAUACUUGGACGUUGGAAGACUUACCUCCAGGAAAGCGUGCAAUUGGCUGUAAAUGGGUCUAUAAAAUCAAGUACAACGCUGAUGGCACGAUUGAACGAUACAAAGCCAGGCUUGUUGCACUUGGCAAUAAACAGAUUGAAGGAGAAGACUACGGUGAGACUUUUGCACCGGUUGCUCGAAUGGGAACUGUUGUUUGUUUCUUAAAGUUGCAGCAGGAAACAAUUGGCCGGUGUACCAAAUGGAUGUACACAACGCCUUCUUACAUGGAGAUCUUGUCGAAGAGGUUUAUAUGA